UUUUCUUUAAAAACCGAACAUUAAUAAAGUCCAUAUUUCAGUAAACAUGACCUCCCUGUUGACCAGUUUUCGCUUGGCGGAGACUUUAACAGAUGCAGUCAUCGUGGCUGAAGGGGUGGAAUUUCCAGUCCAUAAGGUCAUCCUGUGUAAUUGCAGCCCGUAUUUCCGUGCUCUCUUUAGUCGGUGGUCUGGUUCAAACCAAAAGGUUUUUCACAUACCAGGAGUUUCAUCUGCAAUGAUGCAGCUCAUCAUUAACUACGCAUACAAGGAAAAUGUCACUGCCACUAAGGAUAAUGUACUGGAGCUUCUUGAAGCAGCUGAUCAGAUGAAUGUACUUGAAGUUGUGUAUGCCUGCAAGGGAUUCCUGGUGCAUUUAAUGUGCCCUGAAAACUGCAUCGGCAUGUGGAGGUAUGCAAUUCUUCGCGUGCUCCCUAACCUGCAGUGCAAAGCCUACUCCUUCAUCUUGGAGCACUUUGAGAAGGUGGCUCUGUGUGAGGAGUUCCUGGAGCUCUCUGCUGAUGAGCUCUCUGAUAUCAUCGAAAAAGACAACCUGAACAUAAGAAAUGAAAGCAAGGUGUUUGAGGCCAUUUUGAGGUGGACUUCUCAUGCCCUUCCGGAGAGAGAACAACACUUCUCAGUUCUCUUGUCUAAGGUCCGGCUGCCCGUGAUGAAUGCAGAGUAUUUCAGAGAAAACGUGCUGCCAAAUCCACUGGUGAAGAACAGCAGUCUGGCUCUGCUCUGUGAAAACAUGAUUAGCCACGAUAACGCUUCGUUAUCUACGCCUCACUGGCCCCCUGCCUUCAGUCUUCCUCGACUGCCUAAUGCCAUACUAAUGGCCAUCGGUGGGUGGAAUGCUGGACAUCCAACCGACGCCAUUGAGUUGUAUGACGUCCACCUUGAUCGUUGGAGCAGCCUGACUCCCAGUCUUGAGUAUCCUUGUGCCUAUCAUGGCACCGUCAUCCUGAAUGGUUACAUAUACUGCCUUGGCGGUUUCAACACAUUUCAGCAUUUUAGCAGGGUGCACAAGUUUGACCUUGUCAACGGCACCUGGCAUGAGGCUGCUCCCAUGUACCACCGGCGCUGCUACAUUAGUGUGACCGUGCUCAAUGGCCGCAUUUAUGCCAUGGGAGGAUUCAAUGGACACAGACGACUCAAGGAAGCAGAGAGUUAUGAACCAAUGACAAACCAGUGGAAUAUGAUUGCUCCAAUGCACGUGGAAAGGAGUGAUACAAGCUGCACCACGUUCAACAAUAAGAUUUACAUUUGUGGAGGAUUUAAUGGAAUAGAAUGCCUGCAGACAGCUGAAUAUUACACCCCAGAGACCAACCAAUGGACAAUGAUCGCUCCCAUGAUCAGACGCCGCAGUGGCAUAAGAGUCAUCGCUUAUGCAUCUCAUAUAUACGCGGUUGGUGGCUUUGAUGGUGAAAGGCGUUUGAGGUCUGCUGAGGCCUACGACCCUGAGAAUAACAGCUGGAGGAAUAUCGCCUCCAUGAAGACCAAACGCAGCAACUUUGGCAUUGAGGUGAUUGAAGACCGGAUCUUCGUUGUUGGGGGCUUCAAUGGCCACACCACUUGCUCUAACGUGGAGUGUUACGACGCCACAUCUAAUGAGUGGUCUGAGGUCUGCAACAUGGAAGUCCAUCGCAGCGCCCUGAGCUGCUGUGUGAUAUCAGGGCUCCCCAACAUGACCGAUUACAUAGUUCCUCGUGUCGCCCAUCCGCUGAUGCCAGUCAUGGAGGGGGAACAAAUGGAGUCCUGAGAUUCCUGCUAAGA